AUGCCACUCCCAGGAAUGCGACUGUCUGAUUUAUUUCUUAUACUGCUAAUUGUUCGUACUUCACUGAUCACAGGACAAAUUUCUUCGUCACAAGUUACUCAAGAUUUAGACGAAAUGCAGCGUGGCUACACACAAAUGAUGUCACUGAUUCCAUCAACGACCGCCAAAGUAAUGGAUCUGUCGUGCAGAGUAGCCAUCAAUUGUUGUCCAAAUAACUUUAACUACUUCUUAACAAUGAACAUUUUAAAAAUAUGUUUUACCAGUACAGAUGAAUCAGCUAUUGUCAACUGUUCCCUAGCUAUGGAAUUACAGCAACUUUUUGCUCAGCAGCCAGUAGAAGAGUUAGAACAAGUAUUCACCCACAUGAAAUUUUUUCACUAUACAGCAGCGGUACCAGUAGCUAACUUAACGUCGCAACAUUGCACUCCUCAACAACAAGCUGCCCUAGAACCCUGCAACACAUUUGGUCCUGAUCCACGAAUUCCUGAGUGUCUACGAACAGCAUUUCGUAUUUGGGCCGUUGACGAUCCACAAAAGUAUCAGGAAUAUUUUGAAUGGUUUAAAAAGACAGCCACACAACUGAACGAGUAUUUUUACAAUACUGGGUCAAAAAACCCGAUAAAAUUUCGCGGACCACAACCGUCACUUAUUCAGAAAAAGUUUUUGGCAUUUUUCGUCUGGAAAAUCAGUUUUCCAGACGCCAGCUAG